ACGUAAUCAUUAAUCGAUGCUAACGUAGCUAGCUAAACCAAAACGUUUCUUGUCUAUUGACUUUUUGUUACUCUGUUUGGCCAAUUUGAAGUAGCUAACUUUAGGAACAAUGCCGAAAGUCGUCUCACGAAGUGUUGUUUGUUCGGACACCCGAGAUCGAGAGGAAUACGAUGACGGAGAAAAGCCUCUUCAUGUGUAUUAUUGUCUGUGUGGGCAAAUGGUGUUGGUUCUCGACUGUCAACUGGAGAAACUACCCAUGCGGCCACGAGACAAAGCAAGAGUAAUAGAUGCUGCCAAACAUGCACAUAAGUUCUGUAAUGUAGAAGAUGAUGAGAAUGUUUACAUAAAAAGGGCAGAGGGAAUUGAAAGGCAGUAUCGCAAGAAAUGCGGAAAGUGUGGCCUACUUCUUUUCUAUCAACACCAAAUGAAGAAUACCCCAGUUACAUUCAUCGUUGAUGGAGCUGUUGUCAAGUUUGGACUUGGGAUUGGGAACACCAGUGUCUACAGUCAAAAGCCAGAGGCUCCUAAAAAAGUCAGGGUAAUGAUGACAAAAAGGACCAAAGACAUGGGGAAAUUCAGCUCUGUCACCGUGUCUACCGUUGAUGAAGAGGAAGAGGAAAUUGAGGCGAGAGAAAUUGCUGACUCAUAUGCCCAGAAUGCUAAAGUGAUUGAGAAGCAGUUGGAAAGAAAGGGGAUGAGCAAGAAGAGACUCCAAGAGCUGGCUGAACUGGAGGCAAAGACAACCAAGAUGAAAGGCACCCUCAUCGAUAACCAGUUCAAAUAGAGGGAUGUGAGAGAAGCAGGACAGUUGUACAUACUUUUCAAAUCAAAUGUACAUAGAGAAUUGCACUCUAUGGCCCCUUGGAAAUGUAUUAUGAAGCAUUUUGGCUAUGUUUUAUAUACUGUACCAAUUUUCUUAUGUUGAUUUAAAAUUAAAUGUGGAGCAGUGACGUACA